UUUUUUUCUGUCCCAAGGUUUGGUCCUGCUUUUUCGAGUCCCAGCACUAGGCUCCCAUGGCCAACACACUUCACACCCACUUGUCAUGGACCAAAGCAUUCCUUCAAGCUAGGCUGAUGAGUACCAUGGAAGAUGUUAAAGCUAUGAUGCAUCUACCCGUAGGUGGUUGCCGCCGUUUUGCCGUCAGUGGGAGGGACACAGUAUAUACCAUUGUAGUUUGAAGUGUUGCCCCGUAGUUUUUAGACAAAACGACCGAGCAGAAGACUUCUUGUUAGAGGCUAGGGAAAAAAAAAGAAGAAACAUCAAAUCCGACAGUCCCAAAGAAUGGUCCGAUUUUCGCGGAAUCUGUCGGUGAGAAAAAGAAAACAAAUAAAC